AGAUUAGCGUUGGGUAGAGUGGGGAUCGUCACUGUGUGAGGGGAGACAAGCCGGAGGGAGAGGCGGGGGCCGAGGAUAUAGAUCGGGUGAAGGGGUUCGAAUGGGGGGAAUUAUUGCUAGAAAUCAGCGGGGAGGGAGGUGAUAGAUUAGAGGGGAAGUGAAUGGUUGGUCGAACGGGGAAAGAUUGAAAGGAGGAAAUACGAGAAAAGGGUUAAAGGCCUUUCAGGUUGGGGGCCUUUGGAAACGAGGAGGAUGUAAUAAAGUCUGAUCCCAGAUAAUGUGGGUGACGGAUUGAGAAGUGGGGGGUGUUGAAGGAGAGGGGUUUAUUUUUUUUAAAAACAGUUUUAAAGCAGUAUUUCUGAGAGGGAAGAAAGGGCAGCUUGUUUGAUGAAGGAGAGAGGCUUCCUCUUUCUGUUUGCAAAGAGGAAACUGGGUUUCCCCUCACACUCUUUCUGAGGCUGUGAAUAAUGGACGCGGAAUCCAUUCUGCAUGACAAGAUCGUAGAAUAUAUGAAUGCGUCCGGACACGAUGACCUUAAUGAGGCCGAGCCCCGUAAGAAACUUGUAUUGGAAAAGAACUCCUUUAAUCAGACUAAACUCAGCAUUGGCACAUCGAGUAUGAUCGCAGCCAAGCAGCGGAAGCCUUCCACCAGUUAUGAGAAGCAGAAAGAGCAGUGUGUGAAAUACUUCGAUCAGUGGACAGAGACCGACCAGGUGGAAUUUGUCGAGAACCUGAUAUCCCGCAUGUGUCACUACCAACACGGCCACAUCAACUCCUAUCUUAAACCAAUGUUGCAGAGGGACUUUAUCACCGUCUUACCAGCCCGCGGUCUGGACCACAUUGCGGAGAACAUCCUCUCGUUCCUGGAUGCCCGCUCGCUCUGCGCCGCGGAGCUGGUGUGCAAGGAAUGGUACCGGGUCAUAUCCGACGGAAUGCUGUGGAAGAAACUGAUGGAGAGGAUGGUGCGCACUGAUACCCUCUGGAAGGGGCUUUCGGAGCGGAGGGGAUGGAUCCAGUACCUGUUUAAAAACAAGCCCUCUGAUGGUAUUUUGCCUCCAGAUUGCUUCUACCGAUCUUUGUACCCACAAAUUAUACAAGAUAUAGAGACCAUUGAAUCCAACUGGAGGUGUGGACAUCAUGGUUUACAGCGGAUUCACUGCCACAGUGAAACCAGCAAAGGGGUCUAUUGUUUACAGUACGAUGACCAGAAAAUUAUCAGUGGUCUGCGUGACAACACUAUUAAGAUCUGGGACAAGAACACGCUGGAGUGUAAGAACGUCCUGACUGGCCACACCGGCUCAGUGCUCUGUUUACAGUACGAUGACAAAGUCAUCAUCACUGGCUCGUCUGACUCCACAGUCCGGGUGUGGGAGGUGAACACUGGGGAGAUGCUGAACACGUUGAUCCAUCACUGCGAAGCCGUGCUCCACCUGCGCUUCACCAACGGCAUGAUGGUGACGUGCUCCAAGGACCGUUCGAUCGCCGUGUGGGACAUGAGCACCUCCACGGACAUCACCCUGCGCCGAGUCCUCGUCGGCCACCGCGCCGCCGUCAACGUGGUCGACUUUGACGAUAAGUACAUCGUGUCCGCUUCAGGAGACAGGACCAUCAAAGUGUGGAACACAGGAUCCUGCGAGUUUGUCCGUACUCUGAAUGGACACAAGCGAGGCAUUGCCUGCCUGCAGUACAGAGACCGCCUGGUGGUCAGCGGCUCCUCUGAUAACACCAUCCGGCUGUGGGACAUAGAGUGCGGAGCGUGUCUACGUGUGUUGGAGGGCCACGAGGAACUGGUGCGAUGCAUCCGCUUUGACAACAAGCGCAUCGUCAGUGGAGCCUACGAUGGCAAAAUCAAGGUGUGGGACCUGGUGGCUGCGCUGGACCCUCGGUCUCCGGCCGGGACCCUCUGCCUGCGGACCCUGGUGGAGCAUUCCGGGCGAGUAUUCCGACUCCAGUUUGACGAGUUCCAGAUUGUCAGCAGCUCCCACGACGACACCAUCUUGAUCUGGGACUUCUUGAACGUGCCGUCGGAGCAGGGGGACGGUUCGCAGGCAGCGCCGCGCACCUACACCUACGUGUCCAGAUAGGUGGAGCGGCCAGCGGACCAGUCACGAUGCCUGAAAGAAUUCCAGCCUUUCGACAGCGAAUAUACAAACCUGAGCCACACAUCCAUAAUGAAGCGAUCGCAUUGAAGGGGUUGGCGGGUCAGAGCGGCCUUGGUGCUUUGAGUGAAGAGUGCGAGCGUUUGCGACAGAGGGGAACCCGUUUCCACCCCAUUGCCACACACAUCCAUCAUCGCAUCAACGAACGAACGAACUCUCUCCACAUCCAUCGCAACUAACCGCCCAAACCCCAGUUAAUUUUGAACAUUUGUAGGGACUGAAAACUUGGAAGGGACUUUCAACGGCAGAAGGUCAAAACAGCAAAAUCUUUGUCGAGGGAAAUGUGGUCAUGGCCGCUGGCAAUCGGUGACCCAAGUGUGUGUUGGUGCACAUUUACACUGUGCUCAUCCUCUGCCCUCUGUUCUCUGUAAAGAUCCUAGAUGGCACUGAGCUCCACAGGUCAGAAGAUCCCACAGGUUGACCUCAGCGCCCCUGGAGUGAGGUGGAGGGUGAACCCAACUGAAGUGUGGCAUUCCGGCCAUGUCUCUCCCCCCCCCACCAUCUCCCAUGGCAGACGCAGCCAACCCUCCUCGGACACGGGGCACCGGGCAAAGUAGUGCAGCCGUACGCCAAGGAGCUUGGAUUGGAAGGGGGUGUUCACUCUCCCGACAACGAGUUUCCUUCAGCACAAAGAGCAGCACGUGUGUCUCUGGCACGUAGACUUGGUGGAGCGGCGUUGCCAUUGUGAAUUAGGCUCCGUUCCCUCGGAAUGGGGAUGGAUGUUGUCUCCCGGACAAAAAGCCGCGCCAGAGAACGGAGACUGCGGGCAGAACGGGCGCAGGUCUGCGCUGAACUUCGGGAGUCCCGGGGAUGAGGCCGGGGGUUUCCUUUGAGCCUGGACCCGCGGCUCGGACUCCGCUGCUGUUUGGCCGCAGGUUACAAUGCCAGACCUGGAAGCUGCACACUGCCCUGGCGAGAGAGGGAGAGGGAGAGAGAGGACUCCUGCAUGACCCAUUGCCCACAGACUGUUUCAGUGAGCUGCCCCGCGGGCAAGUGGCCGGCCGGUGUGAAUCCCGAUCAGGAGCCAGCGCACUGUGAAACAGGCGGACUGAUCAAAGACAAAGAGUGUAGAUCUGGUCAGAGUGCUGUUUCAGUCCCCAACAAUUAUGUUGUAUAGUUGUAUGCUGUCACCUCCCUUCUGAAGGGGAGGGAGCUUUUGUGUUGAAUGAAACCGAUGUGCAAUUUACGUUACUUUUGUACAGUUUGUGUAUGGUAGAGCACCUUCUCUGUUGGUUUAUUUUAAGCAGUUUGUCUUUCGUGUAUCAACAAACCUGCGGGCCUCUUGACGUUGAGACAACAGCAGUGUCUCGUGAGGAUGGGUUUGGGUCCUGGGAGAACAUGUUGGGUUGCUAUAUCUGCCACUGUUGCAUCUCUUGCCUGCAAACCCCAUCGACUUAACCCUGUUGGGUCAGUGCAGUUGGCGACACAAAGAACUGGGGGGUGGCCGAUGAUAUCAGUGUCCACCUCCACCUCCAGCCAAUGGAGUCCAAAAUCCGUCCACCUGGAUUCCAGCAUCUCUGCGGUGAGCGGGGUUGGAGGGCGAGCCUUUGGUUGUUGGUUAAGAUGGCGUGAGAUCGCCACAGUGUCCAAAGCAGCAGAAGGUGGAGGACUCGGACACGGGGCUGGCGGCCAGUUGCUGCUGGGGAGGGAACCCUGUUCUCCUCUGGACGUUCCACCAUCACCCACUUCCAACAAGGUGGCGAGCUACCACCAGUGCCCUGAACAAGGUCCCCUGCGACCCAUCUGCGCGCGCGGUCUUCUAGUGGCCCUCAAGCUUGAUUUUCAUUUUGAGUUCCAACUCCUCUCUUCGUUCCUAGACCGUGGCUUUUGGUAGUGAGCUGUGCUAUUUUUCUACAUUUUCUUUUUUUUUGUUCUGUGGAUUAUUUAUGUAGUCUUUUUAAAAACAAAAAAUUGCAUUCUUGAACAGAUGUGGUUUGUGAUUAAAUUGCAGUUUAUCAUUCCCCUGACUUGCAAGGAUA